GAGCCAUUUGCGCGAGCAAGGAGGCUGGAUGAUUACCCGCGAAGCCCUCGCUAUGAGGCCGAUCGCGGUAGAGGCGACUCCCACGGCCGAUGGGAGACAGAUUAGGGCCGACGAGAUGGAUAUAGGGACGACAGAUACGAGAGAUCGGACCGAGAUGGAUAUAGGGACGACAGAUACGAGCGAUCGGACCGAGACGGAUAUAGGGACGACAGAUACAAGAGGUCGGGUCGAGAUGGCUACAGAGGUGGUAGGUAUGGAAGAGGAGAUUGAGACUGGGAACGACAAGAUAGGUCGCGCGGACGGUUUGAGCGCGGGGGAGAUGCGAAAGAGCAGCGCGAUGAGUCGCGGGGAUGGUACAACCGAGGGGACCGCCGGAAUGAUUCGCGAGGGCGCCAGGAGUUCGAUCUCGAGAAGCGCAGACGACAGGCCAUCUACUCCCAGGAACUCAUGUGUCUACUAUAGAGGAGAAGAUCAUAUCAAGAGGGAUUGCCCGGACCUCAAACGGACAAUAGAUGAGGGACUUGUCGUGCUUGACGACCGCAAGUACGUCAAGUGGGCAGAUGGUCUGGGAAAUGUAUCAAUGUUCCCUUCGAUGAAGGAGAAUAUAGAAGCAAGGAGAGUAAAGCCGAGUAAAGAAAAGGAGCUGGUCAGGAGCCAGAGCAUCAAGAUAACCUUUGAGGGGGAUAUGGCGACUACACCCAUAAGGGUGGCAGCCACCAAGUCGGCGAGAGGGUCUACAUCGAAGAAGACUGACACGGAUUACGUGAUGACGGAGAAGGACGGGCAGCGGGUCGAUGGAGAGGAGGUUAUCCUUUCGCCGCGAAAGAGGGGAGUGAAGAAGUUCUUAAUGAAGAGUUCGCUGGACGAGAUUGACACGGUCGAGCCACUGAGGCGGGCCCUUCGGCAACCCAUGCAGUGCUCUAUUCUGGAGUACCUGGCGGCAUCGAAGCCRGCUCGUGAUGAGUUACAGRUGAUCACGCGGAAGACUCGCAUACCUCUAUCGGAGGAGGGUCAGGGGGCCCCUAAGGCGGAAGCUCCUACAGUAGCAGUAAYGGGGGUGACUGCCAGAGCAGAUCGCAUGGCGACAAUCCUUCUCGAUGGAAUGGAAGGUGUGCCUCCAGACAAGUUUUAUAUACUUGGUAGCGGGGCCGUGGAGACGAUUAUAAAUGAUGGAGCGAUACUCGAUGCUGUGAUCGAUAACGGCAGUGAGACUGUCAUCAUAGACGAGGACCUGGCAGUAUAGGUUGGACUAGGCCUCGAUAGGUCAUACCUAUUCGAGAUAGAGACGGCUGAUGGGAGGAAGCAACAGAUCA